GGUUAUAUCGUCUGUCCUAGAUGAACAAUAUAUUAUUUGAGCAAAAUAAUAUAUAGGAUGGUUUUUUUUUAAAUAGGAAACGCUAUGGGUUUACCCGUAACGUGCUUAUUCAUACACCAGGCUCAUGUCAGUUCAAUACACACAAACCACUGCUGUACACAUGUGUGUGUCAUAAACGUACAUGAUCAGGAUCAGGACAUGGCUGAAGAGGUGGACAUUGUAAUAGUCGGCUCAUGUAUGACCGAUCUGGUCAGCCAGGCACCUCGGCUGCCCAAAGCUGGAGAGACAAUACAUGGACACAAGUUCUUAAUCGGUUUUGGUGGCAAAGGAGCAAAUCAGUGCGUCCAGGCUGCUCGCCUCGGAGCCAAGACUGCGAUGGUGUGCAAGGUUGGAAAAGACUUUUUCGGGAGCAGCUAUAUUCAGAAUUUCAAAGAGAAUGCCGUAUGCACAGCUUUUGUGACUCAGACGGCUGAAGAUGACGGAGCUGCCUCCAUCAUCGUAAACGAUGCAGGUGAGAACGCUAUAGUGAUUGUAGCAGGUGCCAACAUGCUGCUGGGGGAGGAGGAGCUGGAGCAGGCAAGCUGCCUGGCUAAAGCCAAAGUGCUGCUCUGCCAGCUGGAGAUCAGCUCACACAUCUCACUACAGGCUCUGAGAAUGGCCCGACAAAGCAACGUGAAGACCAUCUUUAACCCCGCCCCUGCUCUUCCAGACCUUCACACCGACUUCUACAAGGAAUCAGACAUUUUUUGCUGCAAUGAGUCUGAGGCUGAGUUGCUAACGGGGGCUCAUGUAGCUUCGGUGGAUGACGCAGGACGUGCAGGUCUGGAGCUGCUGAAUCGUGGUUGUGCUGCAGUCAUCGUUACUAUGGGUCCGCAAGGCUGUGUGGUGCUUCAGGCCUCGAACCCGGAUCCCAAACACAUCCCUACAAUUAAGGUCACCCCAGUGGACACUACGGGUGCUGGUGACAGCUUCAUCGGUGCAUUGGCAUUCUACAUGGCCCACCAUCCGUCUAUGCCCCUGGAGGAGAUGUGCAGGAGGGCAAACCUGGUUGCUGCGGUGUCUGUGCAGAGCGUCGGCACUCAAACGUCUUAUCCCUUCAGCAAGGACCUUCCGGCAGAACUGGUUUAACCCACCAUUACUAUAGGAAUAAACCCUUUACCUCAACCAAUAAACCAAGAGUAAUUCUGAAA